UCGCCAGUCGCACCGGGCUUGGACGCUUGGGAAGACUUUGUUAGAAGAGGAGGCGGGGAGAGAGUGUUGCGCCCCUGCCAACCUCCCUCUUCCCCUGGAGUCACCGUACCACGGCGCAGCCAAUUGGCUCAAGAGAUGUGGCUGGUGGCCGCUUCCCUAUGGGUCUCUGCGGCAGUCUUCUGCCUGGUGACCGACGCCUUGGAAAUGAGGUUUAUGACGUCAUCGUUUCUGCCGACCAAUAGGAAACGCUCCCGCGGAGAGGUGUUCCUCCCCCUUCGACUGCUGCUUCACGCGCGUGAGCGAGCGGAGGGGGUGGGGGAAAUCUCGAGCACGGUGGCGCGCGUGAGCGGCGAGGCUCCUCCCUCCUGCCUAUAUAUAAAGGGCUGGCGCGAUUCUCGGCGGCGCCAUUUCGCGCUGGAGCAGAGCAACGUCCAGAACGGCUGGAGAAUUCUGCCUGCUGGUAGAGAGCCUUCGAGUCGCCAGCGGCCGCCAUUGCAAUCCACGUCCAUCCGUUUGGAUAUGGCCUGCGUCUCGGCCUAUGAUCGGUCCCGGCGGACAGUACAGACCACAUAGAAGCCCCCGAAGCUUCCCUUUUUCGGGCCCCGCCCAAUCCUCGGAGUCUGUCCACCCCCUGUACUCCGCCCUCGAGAGGAUUUCAAAGAUGGUGGCAGCGGCUCCUUAAACCACUUUUUGUGUUCAUCCGCCUCCAUCCGAGAUCGAAACGGGACCUUGUCCUAUCCGGACGGUCCCAGCAGGAAAAGGGGAUCCUUGCGGAUCAACAGAGGGCAACAUUGACGAUUCUGUUUGAGAUCUGGAGCCGUCUUACGGUUUGAAGAGUCCGUCCCCCCGCGCUCAACCGCCUCAACUGAGGCCGCCGCCAUUUUCUUGCUGUCCUCCCGGAGCGCGCCAAGCUCCCGAGAGCUUUUCGAGAAGCACUGGAGAAGACUUUUCGUGCCGGCCCAGCACGGGGGUUGUCGCCUCGAGGGCCAAGGGCUGCAGCCCACCCCGCCCCCCUUUACCGUGUUAUGCUGGACCGGACGGUAAGGGGAACCGAAGCCACCUGGGCUUUCCGCGGCUGAGGGCAGCGCCGGUUCCCCGCGGUCAAGAUGCUGCAAAACGUGACUCCCCAUAAGCUUCCUGGGGAGGGGAAUGCAGGGUUACUGGGGCUGGGCCCAGAGGCAGCAGCACCUGGAAAAAGGAUUCGAAAACCCUCCCUGUUGUAUGAGGGAUUUGAGAGCCCCACAAUGGCUUCAGUGCCAGCUUUACAACUGACCCCUGCCAACCCACCCCCCCCCGAGGUGUCUAAUCCCAAAAAGCCAGGACGAGUUACCAACCAGCUGCAAUAUCUGCACAAGGUGGUGAUGAAGGCGCUGUGGAAACAUCAGUUUGCAUGGCCCUUCCGGCAGCCUGUGGAUGCGGUCAAACUGGGUCUGCCGGAUUACCACAAAAUUAUAAAACAGCCUAUGGAUAUGGGUACUAUUAAGAGAAGACUUGAAAACAACUAUUACUGGGCUGCCUCAGAGUGUAUGCAGGAUUUUAAUACCAUGUUUACCAAUUGUUACAUCUACAAUAAGCCCACUGAUGAUAUUGUCCUGAUGGCACAAACACUGGAAAAAAUCUUCCUACAGAAAGUGGCAUCAAUGCCACAAGAGGAACAAGAGCUUGUCGUGACCAUCCCUAAGAACAGCCACAAGAAGGGGGCCAAAUUGGCAGCACUCCAGGGCAGUAUCACCACUGCCCACCAGGUGCCUGCUGUUUCUUCUGUCUCUCACUUGUAUACUCCACCACCUGAGAUACCUACGACUGUCCUAAACAUUCCCCACCCAUCGGUCAUCUCUUCUCCCCUUCUCAAGUCCUUGCACUCUGCUGGACCCCCACUCCUUGCUGUUUCUGCAGCUCCCCCAGCCCAGCCCCUUGCCAAGAAAAAAGGAGUGAAGCGGAAAGCAGAUACUACAACCCCUACACCUACAGCUAUCCUGGCACCUGGUUCUCCAGCUAGUCCUCCUGGGGGUCUUGAGCCUAAGGCAGCACGGCUUCCCCCUAUGCGUAGAGAAAGUGGCCGCCCCAUCAAACCCCCACGCAAAGACUUGCCUGACUCUCAGCAGCAGCACCAGAGCUCCAAGAAAGGAAAGCUAUCAGAACAGUUAAAACAUUGCAAUGGCAUUUUGAAGGAGUUACUCUCUAAGAAGCAUGCUGCCUAUGCCUGGCCUUUCUAUAAACCAGUGGAUGCUUCUGCUCUUGGUCUGCAUGACUACCAUGACAUCAUUAAGCACCCCAUGGACCUCAGCACUGUCAAGCGGAAGAUGGAGAAUCGUGAUUACCGGGAUGCACAGGAGUUUGCUGCUGAUGUGCGGCUUAUGUUCUCCAACUGCUAUAAGUACAAUCCCCCGGACCACGAUGUUGUGGCCAUGGCACGAAAGCUACAGGAUGUAUUUGAGUUCCGUUAUGCCAAGAUGCCAGAUGAACCACUGGAGCCAGGUCCUUUACCAGUCUCUACUGCCUUGCCCCCUGGCAUGGCCAAAUCAUCGUCAGAGUCCUCCAGUGAGGAAAGUAGCAGUGAGAGUUCUUCUGAGGAAGAGGAGGAAGAGGAGGAGGAUGAAGAGGAGGAAGAGAGUGAAAGCUCUGACUCUGAGGAAGAAAGAGCUCAUCGCUUGGCUGAACUGCAGGAACAGCUUCGGGCAGUACAUGAACAACUGGCUGCCCUGUCCCAAGGCCCAAUAUCCAAACCCAAGCGAAAGAGAGAAAAAAAAGAGAAAAAGAAGAAACGAAAGGCAGAGAAGCACCGAGGUCGAUCUGGGGUCGAUGAAGAUGACAAGGGGCCUCGGGCACCCCGUCCAUCUCAGCCAAAAAAGUCCAAGAAAGCAAAUGGCAGUGGGGGUGGCAGUACUGCUACACUAGGGCCCCCUGGAUUUGGACCUCCUGGAGGAAGUGGCGCCAAACUGCCCAAAAAGGCCACAAAGACAGCCGCACCAGCCUUGCCAACAGGCUAUGAUUCUGAGGAGGAGGAGGAAAGCAGGCCCAUGAGUUAUGAUGAGAAGCGGCAGUUGAGCCUAGACAUCAACAAAUUGCCUGGAGAGAAACUGGGUCGAGUUGUACACAUAAUCCAAGCCAGGGAGCCCUCUCUACGUGACUCAAACCCAGAGGAGAUUGAGAUUGAUUUUGAAACACUCAAGCCAUCCACACUUAGAGAGCUUGAGCGUUACGUCCUUUCCUGCCUCCGAAAGAAACCUCGGAAGCCCUACACCAUUAAGAAACCUGUGGGAAAGACAAAGGAGGAACUGGCUUUAGAGAAGAAGCGGGAACUAGAAAAGCGGUUACAAGAUGUUAGUGGGCAGCUCAAUUCUACCAAAAAGCCCCCAAAGAAAGCAAGUGAGAAAACAGAGUCCUCGUCAGCACAGCAAGUGGCAGUGUCUCGCCUCAGUGCUUCCAGCUCCAGCUCAGAUUCCAGCUCCUCCUCUUCAUCCUCCUCCUCUUCAGACACCAGUGAUUCAGACUCAGGCUAAGGGACCGGGCCAGAUGGGGCAGGAGGCUCCGCAGGACCGGACCCCUAAAUCACCCUGCCCCACCACCCAUCCCCUCCCCUGCUGUGACACUUCCGUCAUCUAACCCCCCUCCCCCCACUGUAGGAGAGCUGGCUCUGCAGCGGGGAGGGAUGCAGGGACAUUCACUGAAGGAGAGGCAUAAAUGGACAGAAGGUUGUUCCUAGUCCCACUGAAGAGUGAUCUCUUGGGUGUAGAGCCGCCAUUCAAAAUGAUGGGUGGGGCAGGGGUAGCGGGAGUGGGGAAAGGCCUUAAUGAUAAAGGGUUGCCUGAGGCCAUAGCUGCCCUGUUCACUUGUUGUAAAGGCCUUGUUUGAGGUUGGUUGUUCUAAUUUAUUUUAAGCUAGAUACGGCUGAGUAGUGUGGGGCUAUGGUCCCCUCAGCCUUUAUGGGGAGGGAAGAAGGGGGAGCUCUUUUUUUACGUUGACUUUUUUUUCUACUCUGUUUUCCCUUUUCCUUCUCCAUUUGGGGUCUCGGGGGGUUUCAGUCAUCUCCCCAUUUGGUCCCCUGGAUUGUCAUUGUUGAUUCUGACUUGUAAAUAAAGAAGAUACUAUUCAAGUUUUGAGUUAA